CGCUAAGUCGUUAGCGACAGUCUCGCCCACCGGGUGCUCUAGCGCUUCUUUCUUUCUUCCUUCCUCUCCUUGUGCUUCAUCUCAUCACCGAACGUCCACACCGCCUGUUUUUUUUCCUUUCCAGCAAGAGAACAACUAUCACCCGAAACAAUGGCCUGCCCAGUCAACCACCCGUUCUUCCACGCCCUCGUCUUUCUCCUCGGCGUCAUUGUCGUCCUCUCGCGCUAUGUCAAAUCCGCCGAGCUCCCUUCGUCGUCCGCCCACAUCCUCACCCUGCCAGCAGUAGCGGCACAUGGUGGCAAUGCCGCCCGGAGCCUGGUUGGGGGUAGUGUUGCCUGGAAUUGAACUCGCUUCAGGCAGUGGCGUCUAUGGAGUUGCGAAUGUCGAGCCAUCAAGACUUGUCAGCGACCCAUGGAACGUGACGGCGGCAAAUCAUCUCACGGUCGGGCACCCUGAAUGUCAGGGCUGUCUAUCAUGUACACCGUCCAUACCCUCUCUUCUCCCACCUCACAUUGACCAUCUGUACUUCAACACUGUACUCUACAUACAUUGAGCCAUCUUACUUGAUAUCUCUUUCGGUGUGCGAUGAUGUCCAUCGCGUUUCACCUCUCUUUUCCCUGAUCUCGACCUUGGAUGUCCUCUCUAUCUUUUCGCUCUAUCUCGUGGUCUUGGCCGAAGGUUCC